GGGGUGUUCUGGGAAGUGCUGUGAUGUCCUUGCUUGCUUUAACCUGGGAAAGAAUAAGAGAGACUGCCAAGGCUCCCCAGUGACGUCACGACUAGCUCUGUGACGCCGCACCAGAGCGUUCGGCGGAGACCGUGGUCUCCUCUAUGAAGUCAGCAGGCAGGCCCAGAUAUAGGGGAGAGGGUUGGGUCAGGCCGCGGGGCCCGCCGGCUGCAGGCAAAGUCCUUGGGGUCCCGGCGGCGCGCACCUGGUGAGGGAGGGCCGAGGGCCUUGGCGGCUGAGGCGGUGACUUUGGCGUCCGUGAGGGGGGCAGCCCGGGGUCAGGAUGCGGCGAAGCCCCCGCCCGGGCUCUGCCGUGUUCCCGCACAACCACACGCCCAACUUCUACAGCGACAACAGCAACAGCUCUGUGAGCGUCACCUCGGGGGACAGCUGCGGGCACCGGUCAGCAGGGCCGGAGCCCGGGGAGCCCGAGGGCAGAAGAGCCCGGGGCUCUAGCUGCGGUGAGCCCGCCUUGAGCGCUGGAGUGCCCGGAAGAACCACAAGGGCUGGAAGCUCUCGGCUGAAGCCAGCGCCUCGGAGCCACAACGGGCCGACCGCCUGUGGCGGAGCAACCGUGAGAGGCGGGGCCUCGGAACCGGCUGGCUCUCCCGGUGUCCCUGAGGAGCAGCUCGACCAUCUCUCGACUCUGGAUCUGAGGCAGGAGAUACCUCCCCCGCGAGUGUCCAAGAGCUUCCGGAGCCUACUCUUCCAGGUGCUGAGCGUGUUGUUAUCCCUGGUAGGAGGUGUGCUGGUCAGUGUGUACAGGGAGGUCUGUUCCAUCCGCUUCCUGCUCACGGCUGUGUCACUGCUGAGCCUCUUUCUGUCAGCACUCUGGUGGGGGCUCCUGUGCCUGGCCCCUCCUUUGGAGAAUGAACCUAAGGAGAUGCUGACUCUAAGCAAAUACCACGAGCGCGUGCGCUCCCAGGGGCAGCAGCUGCAGCAGCUCCGGGCUGAGCUGGUUAAACUCCACAAGGAGGUGUCCAGCGUUCGCGCAGCCAACAGCGAGAGAGUGGCCAAACUCGUAUUCCAGAGGCUGAGUGAGGACUUUGUGCAGAAACCCGACUAUGCGCUGAGCUCUGUGGGAGCCUCCAUCGACCUAGAGAAGACGUCCCCCGACUACGAGGAUGCGAACACUGCCUACUUCUGGAAUCGCUUCAGCUUCUGGAACUAUGCGCGACCGCCCACGGUUAUCCUGGAGCCAGAUGUGUUCCCUGGGAAUUGCUGGGCUUUUGAGGGCGACCAAGGCCAGGUGGUGAUCCAGUUGCCGGGUCGUGUGCAGCUGAGCGACAUCACUCUGCAGCAUCCACCGCCCAGCGUGGCACACACCCGGGGAGCCAAGAGCGCCCCGCGUGACUUCGCAGUCUAUGGCCUCCAGGUUGAUGACGAGACUGAAGUUUUCUUGGGGAAAUUCACCUUCGAUGUGGAGAAAUCUGAGAUUCAGACUUUCCACCUAGAGAAUGACCCCCCAGCUGCCUUUCCCAAGGUGAAGAUCCAGAUUCUAAGCAACUGGGGCCACCCCCAUUUCACAUGCUUGUAUCGAGUCCGAGCCCAUGGCAUUCAAACCUCAGAGGCGGCAGGGGACAGUGCCACAGGGGGGGCCCAUUAAACAUGAUGAUUGUUGGAGUAGA